AUGCAAGAGAAAAUCAUAUAGGAAAGCUAUUCUUAUUUAAAUGAUUUGAAUAAUAAAGUAGGCAAUAGUAAUAAAUUGGUAUAUUCUAAUUAUUGAUAAGGUUGGUAUCUACAAAGGAUUUAUAGGAAACAUUCAUUAAUCAUUUUGUACACUAUCAAUGUAAUUAACUGAAUAUUCAGAAUAAUUUUAUUUAUAGUUAGCAUAAACAUAGGAAGAAAAUGAAUUGAAUCUUUUCUAUUACAAUUAAUUAUCCAACGCCAUCAUAAAUUUUGCUCAUAAUUUGGAUGAGUUGACGAAUGAGAUGAAAUAAGGCAUUUUGGAACCUUAUGAAGAAUUUACAGAAAAUUAUACUGAAAUCAAUAAAGAAUUAAUUACAAAGAGUCAGGAAUUCUUGAAAUAGGUUGAAAAAUAAAGAGAAGCACUUUUUAUUAAACAACAUGAUUAUUUAAAAACAGCUUAUGAUUUAGAGAAAAAGAAAAAAUCAAAAACAUUAAAAUUAAAAGCAGAUGAAUUAUUUGUAGAUUAUAGAUAAGAGUUGGCAAAUGUAAAUUAGUUAUGGGAUUUGUUUAAUGAUAAAUUUAAGAAAUCUUUUGAUGAAUAUGAUUCAAAUGAAUUAGGUAGAACUUCAAUUACAGAGGCAACUUCAGAGAAAUUAUUACAACAUAUUUCUAAAAUAACUAAUACAUUGAAUUUGAGAUUACUUUAAUUGUUGUAAUAAUCUAAUGAUAAAUUACAUUUGAUAUAAAAUAAAUAUCACAUAGAAAAGUAACCGAUUUUGAAAACUAUUAUGAAGAAUAGAAAAUUUAAUAUAUUUAAAGUAACAAAGUAGGAUAAUUUUAUUACUUAUGAGGAUUGGAAAGCCAAUAUGAAUUCUCAUGAUAAAUUUGAUCCUGCAAAUUUACAAAAAUUUAAAUUAUCUUAAUAGAUUGUUUAACAAAUUAAUUAAUUGACUGAUAUCAUAUAAUCGAUUUGUAAUAAUAUCUAUUCAAUUAAUGUUGGUUAAUAUGAUUUUGAAACUUUAUUUUAACAUGCAGAUACUAGAAUUAAAUUAUUGGAUAAUAUUGGAGAUAUUAUAGAAAAAGCACCUACAGAUACAAUUACAAUAAAUUAAUAUGCUAAUGAUCUAUUAGUGUAGAUUGCAAGAAAUUUAAUUAUUAGUAAAUUUAUUCAUAUUUAUUAUUGUAUAUAGACUUAUAAAAAGAUUAGACUUUUGAUAUUGUAGAACUUAAUGCUUUAUUAAAUUUCAUUACUUAAUUUGGGAUUAGAGAAAAAAAUCAAUUUAUUACUAUUGGUGCCUAGGCAAGUGAUAAAACAUCCUUAUUUUAUGUUAAGAAUAAUUGGUAAUAAUUAUUAUUGUAUUUAAAUGAAAAGGAAAAUCUGGAAAAUAAAUCAAAUUAAAAUUAAAAUGAGAAGAAAAAAAAUAAACCAAAGAAAAAUGAGAUUCUAAAUUUGUUAUAUUAAAAAAAAAGAAUUAUAAAAGAUUAAAUGACAUAAGAAUAAAAACUUAAUUAUUUAAAAGUAUUAAUAAACUUAUAAAAAAUUUGUUUAAUGAUGCUUAAACUUGAUAUUAAAAUAGAUUAUGCAAGUGAGACAAUAAUAGUAUUAGCUAAGAUGUGUAAUAUUAAGGUUUAAGAUAUAGUACUUUUGUUAGAAUAAUUUGAAUCAAUUAAAAUUUAUAUGGAAUAAAUAUAACCAUAAUCUCCAAAGACUUAAUAAAUGAUAUUAGAAAAGAAGAGAUUAGUGUAUAUAUUUAAAAAAUGCCUUAAAUAUUUGACUUUAUAAGAUUAAUUAAAUAUAACAUUAGUUAAUAAAGAGUUUUCAACUUUAAAUACAAAGGUGAAACAACAAUAUUUAUGUUUAAAUAAUUUGAGUGAAAGAUUAUCAACAAAAAGAAAACUAUUAUGGACAAGUUUGCUUUAGCCAGAAUCAAUUUAACUUGAUUAUUAUAAAUUAAAAGAGAAGUAUUCAAAAUCAGCAGGAUCGAAAGAAGCAUUUUUGGAAUAAUAAAUAGCAUAGGAUGUAUAGAGAUCAUUUAAUAGUGUUGGAUUAUAAAGUAAGAUUAAUCAUCUUACUUUACACAAUUUACUUAAAUUAUAUGCUUAUUACAAUAAUACAGUAUCUUAUACAUAAGGAAUGAAUUUUGUAAUGGGAUUUAUGUUCAUGAUAAUGGCAGAUGAAGAAUUAACAUUUCGAUGUUUUUCUGCUUUAAUUAAUUAAUUAUUGAAGGAUGUUCUAUUAUAUGAUUUAAAAUACAUAAGAGUAUUCUUUUAUAAAUUAGAUCGAUUGUUAGCAAUAUUUAUGCCAAAAAUACAUUUACAUUUAAAAGAGGAAAAGAUUGAAGCAGGUCAUUAUUCAGCUCCUUGGUUUAUUACAUUAUUUACAGGAUCUUUUAUGAAGAAUGAAUUUUCAACUGUUCUCUUUGAUAUUUGGGAUUUAUUAUUGAGUAGAGGAUGGUGUGGAUAUUAUUAAAUAUUAUUAGGAAUAUUUUAAACUUAUGAAGAGAAGAUUCUUACAAUGAAAUUUGAUAAUUUAUUGUAAUUUCUUAAUAAUUUAACCAAAGCUGAAUUCUUUACUUAAAAUACAGAGGUAUAUAAACAUUAAUUAUUAUUAUUUUUAGGAAAUAGCAUCUUUGAAAACUCUUAAAUAUAGAGCCUUAAAAUUUAAAGUAACAAAUAAAUUAAUUGCAGAAUUAGAUAAGGAAUACUAUUUGGUUAGAUAAAAAAUAAAUAAUCUAAUGAACUCAUGA